CCAGGUUUGAAGCUCAUGGGAAGCUGGAGCAAGCAGUGCCUUGAGCCCCGGGAAGCAACCACUGAAAGCUGACUCCAGGGUUGCAGCCAAGGGGAGCUCCCCACCAGGGCAGACCCCAGGAUGCUCUAGGGCUGUGGAAGCCAAGGACUCGACCCUGGCUUUCCUGCGUGCUGCCCUGUGUGACUGUGGGCAGGUCAUUUCAACUCUCUGGUUUCAGUUUCUUCCUCUGUGAAAUGACCAAGCUGUUUUAGGCAGUCUCUUAAGGGCCCUUCAAGCUUUACAGCUUCUAAUGAUGUGAUACAAGUUUCUCAGGGUAGGAAAAAGGACAGCCCACUUCUCCUAGGAGAAAAAAGAGGAGACUUGUGUUUCUUCCAUUCGUUCUCAUUCAUUUUUCCUAUGAAAAACCCUUUGUCAGUGGUAUUUCCUUUCAGGCAGGAGCAAAACAGGAUACUCUCCACUCAUUCCUUCAACCAGACCCACCUCUGUUCAUGGGAGCCUGUGUCUAGAAUUAGGAGUGAUCUCAGAGGCCAACUAGCCCAAUCCACCCAUUUUACAGAUGAAGAAACUGAGGCUCAGAAAAGCCCUACAGUGAGCCCAGUUGGCACCACCUUUUGAAGAAUAGACCAUGACCCUGGACGAAGGGCUUCCGGACUCACACUCUGCCCAGGUGUUCUAUGAGAAGUAUGAACCCAAGGAGAUCCUGGGAAGGGGUGUGAGCAGUGUAGUGAGACGCUGUAUCCACAAGCUGACCAGGAAGGAAUAUGCGGUGAAGAUUAUUGACAUCACCGCUGGCAACCUGAACCCUGAAGAGAUUCAGGAGCUGAGGGAUGCUACCAUCAAGGAGAUUGACAUCUUGCACAAGGUCUCCGGGCACCCCAACGUCAUCCAGCUGAAGGACACUUAUGAGACCAACACUUUCUUCUUCCUGGUGUUUGAUCUGAUGAAGAAAGGUGAGCUCUUUGACUACCUCACAGAAAAGGUCACCUUGAGUGAGAAAGAAACCAGGAAAAUCAUGCGGGCCCUGCUGGAGGUGAUCUGCUACCUGCACAAGCUGAACAUUGUACACAGAGACCUGAAGCCAGAAAACAUCCUCCUAGAUGAUGAUAUGAAUAUCAAACUCACUGACUUUGGAUUCUCUUGCCAGUUGGACCCUGGAGAGAAGCUUCGAGAGGUAUGUGGGACUCCCAGCUACCUGGCCCCUGAGAUCCUUGAGUGCUCCAUGAAUGACAGCCACCCUGGUUAUGGGAAGGAAGUGGACAUGUGGAGCACAGGUGUGAUUAUGUAUACCCUCCUGGCUGGCUCUCCCCCUUUCUGGCACCGAAAGCAGAUGCUGAUGUUGAGAAUGAUCAUGAGCGGCAACUACCAGUUUGGCUCCCCAGAGUGGGAUGAUCGUUCAGACACUGUAAAGGAUCUUAUCUCCCACCUCCUGGUCCUGAGCCCACAGCAAAGGUACACAGCUGAGGAAGCCCUGGCUCACCCCUUUUUUCAGCAAUACGUGGUCCAGGAAGUCCGUCACUUCAGCCCCAGGGGCAAGUUCAAGGUGAUCGCCUUGACUGUGCUUGCCUCUGUCCGGAUCUACUACCAGUACCGCCACAUGAAGCCUUUGACUCGAGACUUCGUCCUCCGCGAUCCCUACGCGCUGCGGCCACUGAGGAAGCUCAUCGACGCCUGUGCCUUCCGUAUCUAUGGCCACUGGGUGAAGAAAGGCCAGCAACAGAACCGGGCUGCGCUCUUUGAGAACACUCCCAAGGUUGUCCUCCUCUCCCUGGCUGAGGAGGAAGGCUUCUGAGUGCCUGGGGAAACCCAACCCCAAGUGUGUCCUGCCACUGACUGUGUGACUUUGGCUGAGUGACCUGCCUGCUCUAGGCCCCGGGAGCUCCUCAGGGCGCCCUGCUUCUCCCUGUCCUCCUUGGGGAUGGGGAGGAUUGGGGUAGAGCCUAAGGAGGCAACCCAAGCAAGGGAAGUGGUUACAUUUAUUCUGAGAUGAGCCCUUUUGCUGAGAGGCACCACUAGGGGUGCCCCUUGUUCUGGCUCAAAUUCCCUCCUUGUUGCGCCUCCCAGGGGAGGAGCAGGGCAUCCCUCGACUACUAAUGAGGGUCUCAAUCUGCAGGACCCUGAUGGAGGGCAAGGGUGAGGAGGAAGUCAAGCUGGAAGUGGAGUGCUCUGCCUUUCAGCUCAGUCCUCUCUGAAUGCCUCUUCCUGAGGAGCCUGAGCCCCUCAACCUCUGCCCACCUCCAUUCUCCUCAGAUAGCUACAAUAGUAGAAAGUGACCUGGAUCAGGGGUCUGGAAAACCAGCUUCUAGUCCUGGAUUCUGCUACUGACCAAUUGUGUGCCUUGGGGUCAGUCACUGCACCUCCCUGAACCUCAGCUUUCCUCAACAACCACAUGAGGGAUUUACACAAGACUGGAGUGUCCCCAUCUGGGUUCCACAGAGCCCAGGGCUUUGACACAGUGACAUUCAGAGUUCCAUGAGAAAACUUAAAUGCAAGUGCUAUUGCCCCCUCUCAAAUAUGAUACGCUGAGCUAAAAUAUUAAAUUUGUGCCUGAAACACAAAAUUACAAAUUAUAAAUACUAGUUGCUUCUUUUAAGGAGGAUGUAAAAAGGCUUCAUUUAAUCUAUUUUGCUUUAAAAAUGUCCUGACCGUCCAUCUCCUUCACUGUCCUCUCCCUCCUUGAUUAUCGGGGGAUAUUCCAGAAUCUCAGAUCUUAUUACCUUCACACACUGGAAUAUUAUUUUGGGGGAUCCAACAAUGAAUUUCAAGGCUCAAACAAAUUGUUUGUAGUUAAAUUAGUUUGAGGAAUUAGGCACUCCAUUGUCUCCAAGGUUCAUUCUAUUUCCAACAGUUUGUGAUUCUUGGCUAUGAGCUUUGUGGAUCUUUAUCCAAUAGGCAGAUGGGUGUGUUUGCUACAUCUGUAGUCAAUACUGAGGCUUGAGUUCUUUGAGUUGGUGGUGGUCCUAGUUCCAUAGGCCCGGAUCAUUCUUCAGCCAAAGUGCUCUUGCCAUAGUGGAACUGAGUGGGAGGUGGUGGUGAGAUGAUAGGUGGGAAAGAAAAAGGGAGAAUGGCUGUUCUCUCUCUCUCUCUCUCUCUCUCUCUCUCUCUCUCUCUCUCUCUCUCUCUCUCUCUCCCUGUAGCCAGCAAAGAGUUGGUUUAGCUCUAUCUGCCCUUUGGAUAUUAGAUUUUGUUAGCUAAGGCGGUAUCCUGGAUUAGUCUUGGUAGACCAUAAGGACAGAGGCUAUGGAGUUUCUCACCUUUGUCUCUUGGUCAUUGCUCAAAGCUUCCCAGGUAGAUAGUCUGGCUGACGUGAGGGUAGAACUCCAUGUUGUCCAAGGCAGUCUAGAGUAAAGGCUGUCUUGUCAUCAGAGUUAGUAGAGAACAGUGAUUGGGUCAGGACCUGGGACAGCACUUCCGCUCAAACCCUUCCAUCCAAGCAUUCUAAAGCUGAGGGAGGGGGUCAGGAGGAAGACAGGGAAGGAAAUUUCCUCUGUAGGAGAUUGUCUUCAUGGAGCUUUUUUUGUUUAUUCUCAUCUUGAAGAUCAUCCUGGAGUCACAGUAAUUUUGACAGUGUUACCAACUAAGUUGUGCAUCCCUGGGCAAGCACUUCCCUUCUGUGAACUUCAGUUUCCUCGUUUGUAAAAUGGUGAUGGUGGAAUAGACAAUCUCUAAGUUUCCUUCCAGCUUGAUUCUAUGAUUUUAAAGUUCACAUGGAUCAGAAUCAGGUUUGGUCAGCAAUGGAACAGACCAGACUAGAGAUGACUCUGGGAUAAGCCCUCAUCACUUCAUGCCUACACCAAUCCAAUGGACCACUUGUUGGUCUCUUUGCCUCAAGCCUUUCCCCAUUCUAGUCUUUCCUUCACUUAACUGUCAAACUGAUUUUCCUAAUGCUCUAGUCUGAUGUAAUCAUCCUCCUAGUCAAUAAAAAUCAACGGCUUCCCAUUGACUCUAGGAUCAAAUACAAAUUCCUGUGUUUGGCUUAGAAAGCCCUUUCUAAUCUGUUUCUUUUUUACCUUUCUAGCCUUCUUACAUUUGACAGUCCCUUCCCACCAUGUACAAUAGUCUGUGAUCCAGUGACACUGGUUUCUUUGCUGUUCCUCUCUCUCAGACUCCAUCUCCCAACUCUGAACAUUUCCCUGGCUGGCUAUCUCCCAUGCCUAGAACUUUCUCCAUCUUCAUCUCCACCUCCCUGGUUUCCUCAAUUCUCAGCUAAAGUUCCAUCUUCUGCAAGAAGCAAUUCCCAGUCCCCCUUAGUGCUAGUGGAUUCCCUUUGUUGAUUAUCAGCAAUUUGUCCUGUAGGGGAUGUCCUAAAAGUCUUUUUGCAAUUUUAAGCUUUAAUAGCUUAAGACCAAGUUAAGACUUUUGGGACAUCCUGCAUAUAAAUUGCCUUGUUUUUUAUUUGGUGACUUGCAUGUUGGCUUUCAAAUUAAACUGUGAGGGGGCAGCUAGGUAGUGCAGUGGCUAAAGCACCAGCCCUGGAUUUAGGAGGACCUGAGUUCAAAUCUAGCCUCAGACACUUGAGACUUACUAGCUGUGUGACCCUGGGUAAGUCAC